AAACAUAUCAAGGGUGUCUGCAGUCCCCUUCAAGGUCAGCAUAUUAGUAUAGAACAUCGUUUUCCUUGUAUGCUUUAACUUACCACAAUGUUCAGUUUUUGACGGAGCAUCUAAUGACACAAUAUUUCUAUGUCAAUGCAGGUGACGAAAAUUGUUUCAAAACAUCGACCAAGGUAUAGACAAGCACGCAUUGUCUUUCCAUUGCUUCUUCCAGUGUUAUUUGGUAUCGCAUCACUACAUCCAAUUGCUACUGUGCUUACUCUUCUUUUAUGUUUGGUCGUAUGUUUCAAUGUCGUUAUUGUAGUCGCUCCACCCACAUGUCCCUUAGAAGAUACAUUCCUUUUCUACAGAUCGUCUGAUAGGUAUGACGGGUUUCUAAGUGAUACUAAUGUGAUUUACAAAUGUUCAGUUACUACUCUUUUGUUAUGGUAUUUCACAAUGCUUAUACCUGUAAAUUUGGAGAAUAAGCUACUCUAUAGAGAAAUAAUAAUGUACAAUAUUCUCGUUGUGGUUUGCUUACACCUUGUGCAAAUUAUACGAAAUAUACAUACACGCAGUCUUCACCAUACAAUCCUGUCAAAUUCCCAAUAUCUUGGAAAUAAACCAGAGAAAAAUGGAAGUAAGCUCACUGUAUUUGGGUUAUGGAAACACACUGUAUGUAUAUUUCGUGAUACUAAUAAACAAAAUUUCGAAGGAGAUUGGUAUUUUUCGUGUAUGAAUAUAUUUGUCAGCAAGUCUAAUCGUGCUUGGUCCAUCGUUUUACUGACUGUUUGUGUUACGCUCACUUUCUACUCUACUAAUUUAGCCCUCACAUCUGUGUGCACACCAAAAAUAUACUUCGAUUGGUUUUUACUUCCACAUGAUUGCACCUUCAUUUAUGAUGUUUAUAGCAGAGCCUGGGUAUUUGUAACAGGAUUAUUUUGGUUAAUGACAUCUGUUAUACCUAUAAGUUUUCUUUUCCAUGAACUUGCUGUCUAUAUACGGCGCCGUUCAAAAAACUGGUAGAAUUUCUUAACCGUUUAGUUAAUUAACAUCUUAUACUUUGAAUUAUUACCCAAAGUUUUGUAACUGAAGUUCUGUGAUAUCAAUUUUUUUCCAUAGUGAUUACCACAAAUUUCACAUAGUGGCCUAAAUAUAUAAUGAAUACGAUA